AUGGCAGCCUACAGCCCACAAAAUUACGUCAAUCGCAACGAGAGGAAUAUUCACAUAUGGUCAAGCCAAACAGGAUAUCAGGGCAUGCGAUAUAUUGUCGGAGGAUGUCACACUUGGCCAAGGCCGCCACUAGCGCUAGCGUUGCACCGCGAGCUACACUCAGCGAUCGAGGGACUAGAGCACAACUUGGAAUUCUGGUGGCCACUGACAAAGCACGACCUCUACAAAUAUCUGGAAAUCAUCACCAGAAAGAAUCCCGGCUUCAAAUGGGUGCUUUUUGGUCCAUACGAAUUUAGGGAUCCCAUUUCUCAGCUUGAACAACUUCUUGGAGAUAUUCCUGCCUUGGAAUUCACCCGACUAGUCCAAGACAUUAUAACUAAUGCAGCGGCCGGUCAGUUCCAGGGUAUGACGGACGACAUUGAAACCGCGGCAGUGGCAGGGCAAUAUCUACUGUUGAUGCAAUCUGAAAGCCACGAGAAGCUUCUUCACCCCGUGAAACCUGAAUUGAUCUACUCUUCUCUACAGUCAAUGAGCAGACUGGCAACGGCUCAAAAUGCAAGUGUUGCCAGUGGGGUCACUCUACAGUCUCCGAUUCAGAGUCUCUCGCAAACUGUCAGUGGCACUCUCGGCUCAGGCUCAAACACGGUUGGAGACACAACCAAGGCCGGAAGAACCGACCCAGAUCCAGACGAUGACAUUGACAUAGACGACGAAUCGGGGUCGGAUGAUGAUUACUCGGAUGAUAGUGACGGCGGUGUUCUCCCUGCCAGUGGCAAGAAGCUUAAGGCUCGCCGAAAAGCUACGCACCGAGUACAUUGUCGCCAACGCGACUUUCGAUGCCGCAUAUCUGGAUAUGCUAUCCCAAACAGGCCAUGGCCACGUGGUCCAGUUUAUGAAGGAUUCAACGCGUGCCAUAUUGUGGCCCAUGCGUUGGACGGCAGGUUGCAAGACAUUGCUAGUCAAAAAGUUAUCGAUGCACUCUCGACUAACAGAGGCAUCGACACUGUUGAGAAUGGAAUAAUGAUGCUAAACUUCUUUCACUCUUUGUUCGACGCCAACCACUUCGGUAUUGAUAAAGCAUCAAACGGACUGAAGAUAUACACAUUUGAGCGACGGGCUGCUACAAUUGUUGGAGCAGGCCGGUCGAUUUUCCCGCCGCUUACGAUACCUCAAGACUAUCAGCCACAACCAUAUAAACCUACCACGCGCAAGAAACAUUCCGAAGUCAAUAAGGUUCUUCUGCGCUUUCAGUUUGAGCUAUGUGUUCGGUGGCAUGUUUGUGGACUUGGCCGAGUGACCCCGGGUUCUUAG